AUGAGAUUUACGACACAGUUUGUCCUCGGCCGAGCCCCGUCCAGUAAACGAUGCACAGAGACGAGGAAACUGGUUUAUAAAAGGAACCGCGCCACAUCUGAGGACCAGACUGAGGCCUGGAACGUGAACGAGCCGAGCGCCGACGGAAAAGUUCACGAAGCAUUACACGGUCAGGGUCAAAGGUACAACAGCCUGACGGAGGUGGAGGGGUCAGAGGUCAGGUCGCUGCGGCAACUGGAGAUGCUGAUGCUCCACGGCAACGACAUCGAGACGGUCCAGAGCGGCGCGUUCUACGGCCUCCGAGCGCUGCAGAUCUUGAAGCUGAGUUAUAACAAGCUGACGUCCGUGCGUCCGGGUCUGUUCGAGGGUCUGGUGGGUCUGGUCCGGUUGCACCUGGAUCAUAACCUCAUCUCCUUCAUCGAGCCGUACUCCUUCUCCGGCCUCGCGUCGCUCAAACUCCUGCAGCUGGAGGGAAACCUGCUCCGAGAGAUCCACCCCCACACCUUCAUCACCGUGUCCGUGCUCGGGAACUUCUGGAGCUCGGGGCUCAAGCACCUGCACCUGUCGGAGAACCUGCUGGAGCACCUGCCGUCCACCUGUCUGUCCUCCGCCCCUCGUCUGGAGCUGCUCACGCUCCACAACAACCCCUGGGUCUGUGACUGCGGCCUGCGCUGGCUCCUCAACUGGGGAGCGGAGCAUCAAGGUGUGGUGAAGUGUAAGAAGGACCGUGACUCUGGCUCUUCUGGCUCUUCUGGCUCCUCUGAGGUCUGCCCCCAGUGCUCCUCUCCACAACCUCUGAACUCCUCCAACCUCCUGGACCUCACCCCCGACCAGCUCGCCUGCGAACGCCCCGUCCUCAGAUCCCACCUCAAACUCUGGGACAACCCGCGCUUUUCCGAAUCCGAGUCCGAGCCGGACCUCCCCUACACCAGAGACUUCGAAAAGCCGCUCGGAAAACUCACCUUCGUCCUUUCCGACAGCCACUCCAACCACGCCCACGUCGCCUGCGAUGUUCGGAAACCCGCGGAGACGUCGCUGAUCUCUUGGACGACGAAUUCCCAAACUCCCGACGACGUCGCGGUGAACGCUACGCUGGCGACGGCGCUCGAAUGCGAAAUAGAUCGGGAGUCGUUGCAGAAUCUGUGGCAGUUGGUUGCGUACUAUUACGAAAGUCCGGCGAUUUUGGAGAGAGGACAUCUGCGAGGGAACGCAACGAUUUUAACUUACCAAUACACGCAAAUUAUCAACGAAAACUCACCGUAUUUUACAGAAUUAAAGGGAUAUAUGUCGGCGGAACCAUCGUGGCUCCUACAACCGAGAGUAACUUUGAAGCUAAACAGACCGCAAACGACAACGAAGAAGCUCGUCAUGGAUUUCACGACGGUAAUAAGCAAAAAUAUCAACAGCUACAGAGGCGAGGAAGACGACGGCGGCAUCACGUCGUCUUGGGCCAUGAUUCGCCAAGGAGGAAGCGGGCGUAUCCAAACCGCGGUCGAAGGUUCAAAGGUGAAACUCGAGUGUGACGUCAUCGCAUCGGACACGCAGAUCAAAGUGGAGUGGAUGCUACCGGACAUGUCGAUUUUGGAAAAUUCGAACAGUAAAAUCGAAAUCGAGCAAAACGGCGACCUGGUGAUUUUGAACGCGACUGUUUCGGAUUCAGGGGUUUACCACUGCAUGGUCCGGACCAACGCCGGGGUCGAUUUGGCGCCGUUUAGGGUCACGGUAAAAGAAAAAUCGCUAACUCCGAAAGCGGUGAACGGGGAGAAGUUUGAACUGGAAAAAGGCGACACGUUGACGUUGCCGUGUAACGUAACUUCGGCCCAACCCAGUCAAACCUUGUGGUACCUCCCGAGAAAUCAAAUCCUGCUACCGACGCAGCAAACAAAACACGCGCAGGUCACGAACAACGGGACUUUAGUGAUAAAAAAGUUAACGCCGGAAGAUGCCGGAGAGUACAGCUGUUUGGCGUCGAAUUUAUACGGCGCGGACAUGAUCGCGCACGUCGUCGAGGUCAAAUCGGACAAGCCGAAAGCUAAAAUCGAAACGAAGAAAGUUCAAACGUUGCUGACGAAUUUGGACGAAGGAGGAGAGGGAUCCGGCGUAGAUUUCCAAGAGAUUAUCCGGCCGUUCGCGACGCAGUUUCCGAAAAAAGUCGGACUGCAGCAAAGGAAUCAAAACCUGAAAAGAGUCAGGGUCAUGGAUUCAAAACGCAAACCGAAUAAAUCUGUAAAAGAGCUCGAUCCGAACAGAUGGGCGGAGAUACUGGCGAAAGCGAACGCGAAAGUGACGGAAGCGACCAGCACGCAGAAACUAACCACGCAGCAGCUAAAAACAACAACAACGGCGACUACGACUCCCGAAGUUUUGACAAGACGACGCCACGAAGAGAAUUUGGAAGGAAAAAUUGAAAACAUUGCACCAGUUUUGCAAAUUCCACCUCCUCAAACUCCCGAAACGUCUGUGACUAAAACGGAAAAUCAUCUGGAAGUUUUAACAACCUCAGCUUCUCCGGUUACGCAAAAUAAAUUUUACAAUGAAGACAGAAGGAAUUCCAAUGUUUUCCCGAAUCGGAGACGGCCCCCUUUCGGACGCAGGAGACCUGGAAGACCGAGAUUCCGGGCAAAUAAUUUUAACAGGCCGGUAACUACUCCAAUUCCUACUACUACAACUACAACAACAACAACUACUACUACUACUACUACUACUACUACUACUACUACUGCGCCAACUACAAUAGCUUCUACGACGGACUCAAGCGCCGAGUACGUGAUCGAGGAAGAAGACGGCGAUUACUACGACGAAGACAUCGCCGAUGAAGUUGUGACGACGAAACUCGUUUUCACAACCGGAAAACCGGAAGUUACCUCAACGCCGCAGCUGCCGGAUAUUUUCACAAUUCCGACGAAAAGAUUCGAAGAAAACGCGGAAAAACCGAACCGGGCGACGCCGACGUACAGCACGAGGGACAGCGUUCGGUUGACGACGCAACUCAAGGCGCCGGCGAAAGCGUUACCGCCGCCGAAUUCGCCACAGGAACCAAGAACGUCUUCGAGGACGGCGCCGGAGAAGAAAAUCGUGACGCAGCGUGUUGAAAGAGUUACGGAAAAGCCUAGACUAAAACCGGAACUGGGCAAUUAUCCGAUCCAAAUGCCGGUUCAUCCCUGGUUGUAUCGGCAGGACAACGGAAGAGAAAGAGAGACGGGGAAAGUGGAGGAGAAUAAAGAGAGAUGGACGAGUAAAGAGACAGAAGUGAAACCGCUGAGACCGAACCAGAGGUCCCACUCGGUGCCCACCCGUCGCCCGUGGCCGUUCCAGCACCCGUGGGUCCAGGCUCCCGUCACGAACCGCCCGGAGAUCAUCGCGGAGACGGCGAGGCCCACGGCGUUCAACCCCCACCUCCCGCCGGUGCAGCGCCCGAACCAGCCCAGCAUGGACCAACUCUUCAUCACACGACUCCGCAACAGAUACAGACAGGCUCAGUUGGACCGAAUGGCUCAGUUGGGGAAGAUCGUGACCCCCAGACCUCGCAGCGGCUUCAAAGUCCCGUUUGUCCUGACCCCACGACCCUUCGACCCUCCCGUCUACAAACCCUACACCUACACUCUGCCCCCUCCUCACCCCAAGUCCUACCCCGGGUUCUACCCCACGCCCAGGCCCAAGUACCCCACCCCACAGGGGGCGCCGUACGGACACUGGCCCAUCGGAGGUCGCGUGAGCUCGCGUCGCCCCACGGCGGCCCCGCCCUUCCCCUGGGCCGCCGGGUCCGAGUCCGGGUCCAGACCUCGGAUCUCGUCGGAGUCCGGGGUGAGUGUCUCCGCUCUGGCCGAGAGCGACGUGCUCCUGCCCUGUCGAGCCUCGGGUCUGCCCCCCCCGACCGUCGCCUGGACCAAAGUCUCCACCGGAGCCACCAUCCCCGCCAGCUCCAAACACGGACCGCGCUUUGAGGUUUUCCAGAACGGCUCUUUCCUGAUCCGAUCCGUGCAGCUCCAGGACCGGGGCCAGUACCUCUGCACGGCUCAGAACCGCCUCGGGUCGGACCGCAGCGUCGUCACGUUGACCGUCCAGACGCAGCCCCCCAAGAUCCAGCCCCCGAAGUCCACGGACGUGUCCCUGUACCUGGGACACAGCGCCGCCCUGCCCUGCCCGGCCUCCGGAAGACCCACGGCCCAGAUCUCCUGGAUUCUCCCGGACCGGACCUUCGUGAGGGACGCGGGAGCCGUGCACACCGCUCUGGCUCCGAUGGUGUUAUUCCCAAACGGGACUCUUCAGAUCCACUCUGCGAACUUCUCCAGUAAAGGGGAUUAUAAAUGCAUAGCGAGUAACGCGGCCGGGGCGGACACGGUUACGUAUCACGUCCACGUGGCGGCGCUACCUCCCACUAUCGCCGAGAAGGCCACGGACACUGUCCUCAUCCAACCAGGUCGUAGUGUGUUCGUGCACUGCUCGGUGAGAGGAGAGCCCCCCCCCUCGCUGAAGUGGACCCCCCCGGGCGGCCUGUCAAUCAAACCCACUCAGAUCGUGGGGCGGAGACUCGUCUUCCCCAACGGGACGCUGUACAUCAACAACGUGACGCCCUCUGAUGGAGGAAGGUACGAGUGUUUGGCCUCUAAUCCGGUCGGUUUCGCCAAACGGAUCGUCCGGCUCGACGUCGCUCCAGAUUUCCCGUCGUUCCCGGCUCCGCCCCCCGCCCUCCCCGUCCCGGCCCCGCCCCCUCGUCCCGGCCCCGCCCCCUCGUCCCGGCUGCACUCGGUCAGGGCGAUGUACGGCUCGGCGGUUUACCUGCACUGCCCCGAGUCCACCGGGUCCAAGAGGGGAACCGUGUGGCAGCUGCCCUCCAAGACCCUGCUGGACUACAGACUCAGCCCCGAGCGUCCGAUCCGAGUGUUCAGGAACGGGACCCUGAGGAUCCUGCAGCUCACGGAGACCGACGCCGGGAGCUACACCUGCCUGUUCAACCGGCCCAACGGAGAAGAGGUGGAGAUGUUUCAGGUGGAGGUCCUGAUGACUCCUCCGAGGAUCGAGCACGUGAGGACGGCACAGACCCGAGUCCCGUACGGAGAGAACUUCCAGGUGGACUGCGUCGCCUCCGGCCUGCCCGACCCCGAGGUUUCCUGGAGCCUCCCCGACGGAACUCUGAUCAACAACGCCCUCCAGUCGGACGACAGCGGCACCAGGCAGCGCCGCUACGUCAUCUUCACCAACGGGACGCUGCUCCUCCACCACAUCGACAAGAAGGACGAGGGCGACUACACCUGCACCGCCAAAAACAAACUCGGGACGGACGAGAGGAAAGUCAGCGUCAAGGUCGGACCCAACGCGCCGCAAAUCAAGUCCAAGUCGCGGUCGUUCGUCACGGUCCGACUGGGAGACUCGGCGAAACUGGGCUGCGACGCCGUGGGAGAACCCGCGCCGAGGAUCACGUGGAUUUCGCCGAGGAGCUCCGCGAUUCCAGCUUCAUCCGACAAAUACGAGGUUCUGGGCGACGGGACGCUGGUGAUCAAGAAGGUUGGGGUUUCCGACGAAGGGAAAUACGUCUGCGUGGCCAGGAAUUCCGCCGGGGAUGACGUGAAAAAUGUGAAAGUCGAAAUCGAGCAGCAGGAACCGAGCAUAAACGGUCAAAAGGGGAAAAGUUACGGUAAAGUCAUGGCCGUGAAUUACCAAACGGCGCUUCUAGACUGUAAAGUUGAAGCGAAACCCGAGCCGAGGGUUUGGUGGGUGACUCCUUACGCGCAGUCGUUCGCGGUUGGGUACCUGGGAGGGCGUUUUCAAGUUCACAGAAAUGGAAGUUUGGAAUUGCGCGGGGUACGGAAAAACGACGAAGGACGCUAUUCGUGUUUCGCCAAAAAUCUGCUCGGGGAAUCGACGCUGACGGUGGAAGUGGAGGUCGCGUCGAUCGCCGAGAAACCGAGCUUCGCGUUCCCGAACAUCGAGAUCAUCCCGAUCAAGCAGGACGGCGGCGGGGAGGCGGUGCUGGAGUGUCCGGCCCGAGGGAAGCCCAGCCCGGAGUUCGUGUGGCUGCUUCCGAACGGGACGGCGCUGCCCCCUGGUGUCCGGCUGCAGAGGUUCCACCAUCACUCGAGUGACGGGAGUCUGAGGAUCUCGCAGCCGGCGCAGAGCGACAAAGGAGUGUACCGGUGUUUGGCCAAAAACGUGGCGGGGCAAGCGGAGAAACGGUACGCUCUGGAGGCCGGACGCAAACCGCUCAUCAGAGGAGCAGCAGGCGGGUUGAAGAUCACGUACGGCCAGUCCCUGUUCCUGCCGUGCUCCUCCGACGGCUGGCCCCUCCCCUCCGUGUCCUGGACUUUACCCAACGGCGUGAUCCUGGACACGCCCCAGACCAUCAGCCGAGUGACCAUCUUCACCAACGGGACGCUCCUGGUCCGACACGUGGCCACGUUCGACAAAGGGACCUACACGUGCCGGGCGUCGAACCCGUACGGCACCGCCACCGUCUCCUUCCCCGUCACCGUGACCGUGCACCCGCCCCGGAUCGCCAGCGCCCUGAACGCCAUCACGCGCGUCGCCAGGGGGACCCCGGUGAGCCUGAGCUGCGUCGCCUCCGGCAUCCCCACACCGGAGAUUUCCUGGACGUUGCCGGGCAGAACCACCAUUUUCCCGCACAACCGGUACACGGUGCAGGGCGGCGUGCACAUGACGGACGAGGGCAGUCUGGUCAUUCAAAACCCAGUCCUCACGAACUCCGGGAUCUACAAAUGCAACGCCAAGAACGCGCUCGGGACGGACUUCAGGUCCACGUAUCUGCAGGUGGUUUAA